GCUAACCGUUCUUCACAAUACUAAAAUUAUAGUCCACUUAAUUUCCAAACAAUGGCAGCGAGGAUGCUCUGGAUGUUCUUUCUUCCUGCAGCGUGUUCACUUCAUGUGGAAGUGAAUUCGGAAAAUCUGGUGUAUCAGGUCGGCGAAAAACUCAACCUGACCUGCAGCUUGGUAGACUGCAGCGAGGAUCCCUCGGUGUCAUGGAGCAUCCUCGGCGACGCGCCUCUGGGCGCCGAAUCGCAGAGUCACAUUUCACCAACAGUGACCCGCUUGGUUAUUAGCAAUGUGACGCUCGCGCACGAAGCCAGGUUUUUGUGCAAAGCAUCUUGUGGGAUGCAAAAGCGACAGAAAGCGACGAGUGUGAAGGUGUAUUCUUUUCCAGACAACCCUGUGGUUUCAGGGAACAACCGUUUACUGCCAGGUGUGAAAAAUGAUCUUACCUGUCGGGUCAGUGACGUCUACCCAGCGCAGGGUCUACGGAUUGAGUGGAUACAGGGAGGAGGCGUUCUGAAGACGGAUGAUGGAGAAUGGUCUGCUAAACUGCAGGGAGUGUCCUCCGUCUACUCAUUGCCACCUGAAAAUAACGGGGAGAACUUCACCUGCAGAGCCACGCUAAAUGUGACAAAAGACAGACAUAUAAUGAAGGAAACCACGGUGGCUCUGACUGUGUUGAGGAGCUCUACCAGUCCCCCCGAGACGCCGGACCUGAAGAAGGUGAUCAUCCCCACUGUCGGUACAGGAUCCUUGCUGGCUGUCGCUGCCGUGCUCAUCCGUUACCUGAGGAAGUCGAAGGGAGCCGAUGCUUACAGUCUGACCACGAACGCCCUGCCUGCAGUGUAGGUGUGCUAAGCUCUGCCCAGCUUCCACUCAGAACCCAUCCGAAUGAUCACAGCUCAGGGCAACACGACAAACUGUCUCCUCCCCCAAAAUCUGUGCAUGAGAGACUUCACAGAAUACAUCAGAGAGAGAGGGAGGGAGGGAGGUGGCCUUGUGUGGCAGGACUCUCAGGCACGCCCAGGCAAGUGUAACCUUCAACAGGUAAACGUCAUACCAAAGCCUGAGGUCACAGACUGUGUCAGGGGCAGGUGAGGGAGGGUGGGUGUCCUCCCUCCUGUCCUUCCCCAAAUUUCCCCAAAAAGCUUCCCCAAAUUCAUCUAUGGGUGGAACUAAAAGGAACACUCCUCAAUCAUAGCACAAAGUGCUUUAUCUUCAGGUUUAAGAACGUUAAUGUCUUCCCCGUUUCAGUUUUCAUCCAGCGUUGAGCACGUUGUGUUGUGACUGACAGAUAAGAUAAAUCGAGUCAAGCCUUUUGUUAAAUUGUACAACAUUAUGUUGAGUCAUUUAUGAAAAUACGCCACUAGCGUCACAGAAAUAAUAACUAAUUAACUAAUUGAAUAAUUAAUUGGUUGUGUUAAUGAAAUGAUCUGUCCAAUCAGAGAUCAGUUUGGGAUCCUUGUUUAGCACACAUGUCAAUAUAAAUGGGUCAGUAUAAAUGUUAGAGAGGAAUGUGUGAGUUUUUCAUACGCUAGUCAGAAUAUGAAUGUCAGUGAUGUUGUUUUCUGUGGACAAGGUGUCUGUGUUCCACAGGUGUGUGGUAAAUGGGUAAGGAUUUAUCUCAUGCACACUUGUAGGUGUGGAUAGGGGGGCAAGGUUCAAGGUUUGUGAAGAUGUAUUUUUGAAAGAAAUUCUGUAAAAAGAGUACCUUUGUCAUCAUGUCAACUCUGCUGAAUACUGAAAAGUGUUUUAUGCUGUGUUGUAAUUUAUCUGUAUGUAUUUGCAGUGUGUGUGUGCAUUUGUAGAUAUUUUUUGUCUAAAUCUAGCUUUGUUAAACACAAGCAUUCGGUUUAUUUUUAUCUGAAAAAGACAUCGGAUGCGUGAUAAUUCUCUGGCAGCAGAAAGCUGUGUCUGGGUGUGGGAGUGGUGUGCGGGAACAAGGCAAUCAGAGGAAAUCCUCCACAAUAAAGUGUUUUGUAAUGUGCAGAUAAUUGGCAGGAUCAUUUCCCCGCCAGAACAGCACAGCAGGGGCCAGAGCUGUCUGCACCUCCUUCCUCCUUAUGUGCUGAAAGGGAGAGCACAGCUCAGAGAGGAGUGAGCGUCUCAGUGCCGUACACACUGUCACCCACAGAUCAUUCAUACAC